GUUGAUUAGAUUUAUCUAUUUGACUAGCUCUCCUGUUAGGUUAGAUUAUUGCAUUAUUUAUACUCUAGACAAUUUUUUUUUUUUUAAAAAAAAGUUAUUUUUUGUAAUAUAACUUAACAAAUAAAUGUAUUUACUUUACUUACUUACUAUUAAUACAAAUCUGUCAAUUUUUAAAAAAAGUUAAUUCCUAACCAAUAGAUGGCUUCCGUGUGUUUUGAUUUUGCGAACUAAUUGCGCAUGCGCAAAGUGCUGGCAGUAAAAACAUUGAGCGCCUGCCAGUGAAACGCUUUACAAGUUGAGAUAACGAACUAUAAACAUCAAACCACACGACAGCUACUAAAAACGAAAUGACUUCAAAUUCCGAUACAUGGCAAGCAUCUAAAUAUUUUUCUGCUUUAGAAAACAUCGAUAAGCAGAAGUAUAAAGGAAAGUUAGCACUUAAAAAUAGUACAAUACUACCAGACCCAUAUGCGUUGGUUGACUCGUCUUGGAAAGAUGACAUGAAGCUUUUACCAAAUAUUCAAUGGGGCGACUUGUAUAUGUACCUGAUCAAUACUCCAAGCGAAUAUACCCACGAAAGUUUCAAGGCAUUUAAAUCUAUGGAAGCAUACAACUUUUUUGUAUGUGGACAUGUGCAAGACGUUUUCAUACAUAAUGUCACAGAGAAUUCAGAGUUUUGCUUCCUAAAGUCAAAGGUACUUCCGAGCCAAAGGCAAGGUCAGAAGACAAAACUGUAUGAUGUUUGGGUAUGCCUACAUAAAGUCAAGGGACAUGUACUAACUGGAAAUUGCACAUGCAUGGCUGGGUAUGUAAAACAUUAGCUGCAUGUCAUACAAUUUUGAAGAAGUUGUAAUGCUUUAUGUUAAAUUUUCUUUUAGCUUGGGAUUAGCAUGCAGUCAUGUUGCUGCACUUCUUUUUAAAUUGGAAGCUUGUAUAAGAAUUGGAGGAAAUAAGGUGGCAGUUACAAGUGAACUGUGUGCUUGGAACAGAUGUCGAAAAAAUGCUGUGCCAACAUUAUUACAAAACAUUAACUUCCAAAGGCCACGCAAAGAUCAACUACCUGAAGAAAAUGAACCAAAGGAAAAUCCUGUUCUGCAUUAUUCUGCAAAAGAAAAUUGGUCAUAUUCUUUUAAACUUAAAAGUGCAGAUUUGGCUAAGCUACGAGAGAUUGCUCCAGAAGCUGCAUUUUUUACUAGUUUAACGAAUGUUAGUAACGAUAAUGUGUCUGACAGGGAUACUGCUACAGCAGAUGAAAAUGAAGAAAAUUUUUUACCAGAACCCAUAACAAGCAUUUUCGAUUACGAAGCUGUAAAUUUGCAAGAUUUAACUCUUAUGGAACAUUAUAAUGAAUUUAAAAAAUCAUAUUGUCAGGAAAAUUACGAAACAUUUGCUAGUGUAACUAGCGAUCAAAGCCUUUCAAAAGCCUGGAAGUUGCAUAGAUUUGGACGAGUAACAGCUUCAAACUUCCAUGAGGUUUUACAUAGGAGAGCGAGCAACACCUCCAAUAGCCUUUUAUUCAAAAUAAUGGGUUAUACCAAUCCACCUACUUUGCCAGCUAUGACAUAUGGUCGAGAAAAAGAAGAUAUUGCAAGAAAUUAUUACUUGGAGGUUAUGAAAAAGGAACAUUUAAAUUUUACAUUAAAAACAUCAGGCCUUUAUAUUGAUGCAGAGCAUCCACAUUUAGGUGCAUCACCUGAUGGGUUAGUAAAAAGUGACUGUCAUGGUGAAGGGUUAAUCGAGAUAAAAGUGCCCAUACAAAUACCGUUUUGGAUUUGUUGAAUGGCAAAGUGAUGCACAAUUUCCAAUCGACGAGAAUGGUAAACUUAAAAAUACUCACAAGUAUUUCACUCAAGUACAGGGACAAAUGUUAGUUUUAAAGAAACCGUAUUGCGAUUUUUUAGUAUGGUCACCAGCUGGAAAUAAUUUUCUAGUACGCAUUACUAGGGAUCUAAAUUUCAUUCAGGAAAUGAAAACAAAAUUAGAUCUGUACUAUUUUAACACUGUCCUGAAGGAAACAGUAAUCCGGGAAAAUGA